AUAAAAAAAAAAUAAAAAUGGAACACUGUCAAGGGUGGAUUUGAAACUCCAUUUACUCUGUUGCACCCGGUAUAGUUCUGCUGAACCUCGUCGCAAUCGAUUUGCCCCAAUUUUCAUAUCCUUAAUUCAUUAAACCUCUCGGCAAAAGGAAAAGAUAAAAAUGAGCGUGAUCGAUCUAUUGACUCGCGUGGACGCGAUCUGCAAGAAGUAUGAUAAAUACGAUAUAGAGAAACAGAAGGAUUCCAACGUAUCUGGGGAUGAUGCCUUCGCUCGUCUCUAUGCCGCCGUUGAGUCAGACAUAGAGGAGGCACUACAGAAAGCGGAGAAGGCUUCAGGAGAAAGUAAUCGGGCAUCGGCCGUUGCGAUAAAUGCAGAGAUUCGGAGAACCAAGGCCAGAUUGAUUGAAGAGGUCCCCAAAUUGCAGAGGCUGGCCGUGAAGAAGGUUAAAGGACAUAAAUGGACAGCAAAGAACCAGAACCAGUUUGUGGAAUGGACUGAAGGGUCAAGUCAAUUCAGGCAAGAGUAUGAAAUGCGGAAAAUGAAACAGGACCAAGGUUUGGACACGAUAGCAGAAGGUUUAGAUACUUUAAAAAACAUGGCACAUGACAUGAAUGAGGAAUUUGAUCGGCAGGUUCCUCUUAUGGAUGAGAUUGACACCAAGGUGGACAGAGCAACAGCUGACCUUAAGAAUACCAAUGUCCGACUGAAGGACACUGUUAAUCAGCUGAGAUCUAGUCGAAAUUUCUGUAUUGACAUCAUUUUGCUGUGUAUAAUUCUGGGAAUUGCUGCUUAUUUGUACAAUGUGUUGAAGAAGUAGAAGUGGUUGGGAGAGUGCCGGGUGUGACUGUAUGGAGUCUUUGGUAUUGUUUCCACUGAGUGAGUUGUAGCCAUGUGGUUCUUUGUAUAAUUAGUUUGAUUUUCAUGCUGGCAUAACUUGUUUAAAACUCUGCUUCUUUUUAAAGUUUCUUUUGGUAACAUUAAGGCCUCUAUUUGACCUUCCAUGUAAUGGUUUGAUAGUAACUCAGAUUAGUGUGUUUCUUCCUCCCCUGUGGGUGAUAAUGGCCAGUUUGAUAUGAUUUUUGUU